UGGCAAGCCUUAUUUAAAAAAUAUAAUUGUCAAAAAUUUGCGAAGCGGGCACGCAAAUUUGUGAAAAGUUGUUGUCAAUUAAUUCAUUAUUUUGGUAUUCCUAACACAUAUUACUAAUUUCCAAUAGAAUGUCAGGACGAGGCAGAAAUCGCCGUGGGAACCGCAGUCACCACCACAACCAGAACCACACUUUAUCCUCCGUGGCCAAGGAGACGGCGGAGUCUCUGCCGGCGGAUAGUCCGGUGCUGGCGCUCUUUAAAGCCACGGCGCAGAAGCUCACGGAGCGCCAGGACCGCCACGAGAGGCUCGUCAAACUUUCGAGGGAUAUCACCAUCGAGAGCAAGCGGAUUAUCUUUCUCCUACAUUCUUCUAUAACCAAAGAAUCUGCAGACAAAGUUCUCCAAGAGGCUAAGGAGCGAAUUCAGAAGCUGAUCCAAGGGCCUCUCAAGUAUAUUGGUUUAGAGCUUGAGCACAGCCCAGCGCACCUGCAUGGCAGAGCUGUAACUGCAGGGUUUCAGGAGUUCAUAGAGGCAUGGACAUUCUUCACACUCAUGGAACGCAAGGAGAUCAUAUCAUGGAAGGAUGUGCAGACCCAAUUGACAUACACGGUGGCUGCUAAGGACUCGGAGGAGGAGCGGACAGUGGUCACCAUGCUCACAUACAAUGAUUACAUGCUUGGGGUAGCAGAUCUAACAGGGGAACUGAUGCGGAAGGCUAUCAACAGCAUCUCCAGCGGGGACAGUGAGGAUUGUUUCUAUGCUUGUCAGGUCGUGCGCGAUCUGUACACAGGCUAUUGCGGUUUAUUCGGCAGCGGACGCGAGCUGGCGCGCAAGACGUCGACGACGCGCGCCAGCGUGGCCAAGGUGGAGGGCGCCGUGUACGCGCUGCGCGUGCGCGGCGGCGAGGCGCCCGCGCCGCUGCUGCUGCCCCGGCCCGACCUGUGGGAGCGCGACCAUGACGAGGAUGAAGGGUUCUACUAGCUGACGU